AUGCAGCAGCGGCCGACCACAUACGGGCAGUCGCCCCCCUUGCACCACCCCGUCCCGCAACACGUCUCGACAGUCCCCCAGCUCCGGUCUCCCCCUCCACCGGUAUCGCAGCAGGGCUCGCAACAAGGCUACGGCGGCAGCCCUUACCAGCAGCAAGGCGGCUCGAGCGGCAAUGUCUUUGGCGCAUACGGCCAGUUCAUGAACGACCCGACGGCGCAGGUCGCGGCACAGUUCGGCCAGACGGCCUUCAAGCAUGGCCAGGAGUACAUGGAGCAGAACUUCAACCGCUACGUCAACGUCAACGCGCUCAAGCACUACUUCAACGUCACCAACUCGUACGUCAUUAACAAGAUCUUCCUCGUGCUCUUCCCCUGGCGGCACAAGCCCUGGUCGCGCAAACAGGCGACGGGGCCCAACGGCCAGGACGGCUUCUACCUGCCGCCGCGCGACGACGUCAACAGCCCCGACAUGUACAUCCCCGUCAUGGCUCUCGUGACGUAUAUUCUGCUGUCGACCCUCAUCGCCGGUCUCCGCGGCCAGUUCCAGCCCGAGCUCCUCGGCAUCACGGCGUCGUGGGGUCUCGUCGUCGUCGUCGUCGAGAUUGCCAUCCUCAAGCUGGGAUGCUACCUCAUUGGCAUAUCCAACGACUCGCAGCUGUACGACCUCAUUGCGUACUCGGGCUACAAGUUCAUCGGCAUCAUCGUGACAGUGACGGUCAGCGAGAUUGUCAACGGCGGCAAGGGUACCGGUGGCUGGGUGGGCUGGACCGUCUUCCUCUACACGUUCCUCGCCAACUCGUUCUUUUUGAUGCGGUCGUUGAAGUACGUCCUCCUUCCAGAGAACAACAUUCAGGGCGGCGGCAUGCAGAUGCAGACAGACUCGCGGGCGAAGCGCAACCAGCGGACGCAGUUUCUGUUUGGCUAUUCGUAUGGCGCGCAGUUGCUGGGCAUGUGGGUUCUGACCCGGCCUUGA